GCCUGGCAACCAGAGGAGGCUUUAAUAAACAGAUCCCAGCAGCAGAAGCUAGCCGAGCUAGCUGGGUCUUUAGCGCCUUCUGUUUUUCUGGAGACAUCCAAUCAUCCACCAUGUCUUCACGGACUCUGCCGCUGCUCUUCAUCAACCUCGGCGGGGAGAUGCUGUACAUCCUGGACCAGCGGCUCCGAGCCCAGAACAUCCCCGCGGACAAAGCUAAGAAAGUUAUGAAUGACAUCAUCACUACCAUGUUCAACAAAAAGUUCCUGGAGGAGCUUUUCAAGCCGCAGGAGCUUUACUCCAAGAAGGCCCUGCGGACUGUGUUUGACAGGCUGGCCCACGCAUCCAUCAUGAGACUCAAUCAAGCUAGCAUGGACAAGCUCUAUGACUUGAUGACCAUGGCCUUCAAGUACCAGGUGCUGCUAUGUCCCCGACCGAAGGACAUCCUCUUAGUGUCCUUCAACCACAUGGAUGCCAUCAAGGACUUUGUGAAAGACACUCCCAGCAUCCUCAGCCAGGUGGAUGAGACAUAUCAGCAGCUCAUAGAGAUCUAUACGCCCAUGUGUAGCGGUGAAUUCCAGCUGAUUAGACAAACUCUUCUAAUCUUCUUCCAAGACAUGCACAUAAGGGUGUCCAUUUUCCUUAAGGACAAAGUACAGAACUCUAAUGGCCGCUUUGCACUUCCCAUCAGUGGUCCUGUGCCUCAUGGAACACAUGUCCCAGGCUUGAUAAGGAUGUUUAGCUGCACAGGGGAAGAAGUCAACAGGCUGCAGUUCACUAAUGGAGGAAACUACACCGCUGCUACCCGGGAAGGAUCUUUUGAGAUAUUUGGAGACAGGGUCACCAAACUAGGCACAAACAUGUACAGUGUCAGCCGCCCAGUGGAAACCCACAUGUCAGGAACAUCCAAGAAUUCUGCUCAGCACACUAAGGUCAAUGCUGCUCCCAACCCUCUGGCCAAAGAGGAGCUGAAUCUGUUGGCCAAAUUAAUGGGAAGGUUGGACGUUCAGAAACCAGGAAACACAGACAGCGGUUUCCGAGUCAACCUCUUUGCCACAGAUGAGGAAGAAGAAGAGGCGUUAAUAUCAAGACCAGAUGAGCUUUCUUAUGGAGUCAUAAACAUCCAAGCAACAAAGGACCAACAGGCCAAUGCUGAGCUGGUCAGGAUCAUGGGAGAGUUCACGGUAUCUGGAGAUCAGUCUCCCAGCGCCAGCAGCAAAGGAGAUGACCUUCUGGCCAUGAUGGACGGUCUGUGACACGUCACCUAGGCAGAACUGCCCAGGGGACAGAGAAUAAUGCAUUGCUGGCUGUCUGCUCUUCUGUAGACCAGUCUACUGUCCCAGCCUGCACCAACACCACAGGAACCUCACGCAGCCAGAAAAACCUUCUUGUUUGGGCGGUUUUAAAAUGUAGGUCUGAGGUGUGUCAAGCUACUGUCUAUGAUCCACAGCUAAUUUGCAUAGAUAACCUAGCAGAGCAUUCAAUUGAGAGCAUACCUCCACCAAGGGCCCUAUCUCGCAAUGUUAAGAAAGGGAUUAAAAACUCCUUCCUCCAAACCUUUGUCCAGAUCCAAAACUUUCAGCGGUUGAAAAAAGGCCCCCUCCCUCAUGAACAUUUUUGAAUUUUAUCAAUCCACAUUAAAUUGCACACAUUUGUAGUGUGUCCCCUAAAUAUGUCUUUUUCCUGGACAGUCUUUGAAAAACUUAAAAACGCCCAAUGUUGCAAUGCUAAAGAAAGUGAUACUUGGAACCGACCUUUGUCCAGAUCCACAACAAAAUUAAAUUGUUUCUGUCUUGGCCCGUUGUUAAAUUUGUGUAUGUGGAAUAACAUUCUUUAAAAUCCGCUGCUGUAUAUGCAAAAUACAUAUUCCAUUCAUUUUACUUACGGUCAUGUAUUAAAUGAUUUUCAGGAUUAUAGUCCGUAAAUCAGAUUUUUAUUACACUGUAAAGAAGAAGUUUGUUUACUUCUGCUGUAUUCUCAUGAUGAAAUGAUGAUGUGGGGGAAGAGGAAACCCAAGUGCUCUUUAUAUUAUGCUUUGAAUUCCCUCCAAACUUUAUUUUGAUAAGAAAUAUAUUUAUGUAACAUCAUGCUGUCCUACCUUAAAAUGGUAAGAGAAGCAACUUGUAAGAUAUGUUCCACUAUUGUGUGAUGUCUCUGAAUGUUCAGAUAUGGCCCAGAAAUGGGUUCAUUGGUGGGUUAUUGAUUAUAAUAGAGAAAAAUGCAAUAUAAAGAACAGUGUAAGGUGUAAAUAUGUUAAUUGCAUACUAUUUAUUUCAGUGUAUCAUUUUCAUUUUGCAUAGAGGAGUGCAUAUUGCUGCAACUGUCAAAUUGUUGAAUGUGCAAUAUUGGAUGUUUAAUAAAUUGUUGAAUAAAUGUAUCGGACUGGUACGGAUGCCACACAGCGUUAAAAAUGGCACAAACACUUUAACAGCUUGUUGUAGUUGAUGAACUCUAACAGUUGGGGGAGCUGUCAAACCUUUCUAAAAAUGAAUGUGUUGUAACUGACUAACAUUCACAACAAUCACAGAAUCUUUCUUAAUAAGGUCAUAGAUGUGCUCAACUUUAAAAGGUUUAUUUAUUUUAUCUCUAAUCCACCUUUGAAAGUGUUGGACUCUGACAUGUGAAUAAACAAAUGUGUGAUUGAUUA